AUGGUCAUGGAGGAGGAGGCGACACUGCUCCCGAGCAGCUCGGCGUGCGAGGAGAUCGGAGGGGACGAGAGCUUGGCGGUGGGCGACGAGGUGAAGAGGCAGCUGUGGCUGGCCGGGCCGCUCAUCGUGCGAGGCCUGAUGCAGAACCUGAUCCAGAUGAUCUCCGUCAUGUUCGUAGGCCACCUCGGCGAGCUGCCCCUCGCCGGCGCCUCCAUGGCCAGCUCCUUCGCCGCUGUCACCGGAUUCAGCGUGCUGUACUGA